AUGGACGACGAAGAAGCACUGGUAUGCCCUUUGUGCCCUUCCCACCCCUGCCUCAUCGACGAAGGGGAGCAGAGCCGUUGGUAUUGCAAAUUGUGCGAGGAAGUCAAAGGAAGCGUCCAGCGCUUUGCCUGCCCAUCGUGCAAGCACACGUUCUGCGAGGAGUGCGCCUGGGCCGAUGCAGAACAGGAGGAGGAUGAAGAAGAGGAGGCUGAGGUUGAUGAGGCGGAAGAGGAUUGGCCCUACGACGGGGAUGCCGAAUAUUGGGACGUCGGUGCGCUUAGCUGGGCCUGGGAGGUUGGUGACCUCGAGUACCGCCUCGAAAAUGGCCUCCCCGCCGGUCCGAACGCCUACAAGGCGGACUACGACCAGGAUUAUCCUGACGACCCCAAGUACGCAGAAGAUGAGUAUGAUCAGUAUGAUGAGUACGAGUACUACGGCGAAGAGUGGUGCGAAGUCGGCCCGCUCACCUGCGACUGGGAAUCCGACGAUCGCCAUGCCGUAGACACCGCAGGCGGCUGGCCAGAUGAUGCCUGGCCUGCAGAGCCCGAACUCACAGAGUCGGAGAAGGUGCAAGCCGCCACAGAGAUCAAGCGGAUUCUGAAGGUGCCGACGAAAGGAGGUGGGGCCUGA